AUGAGCUCGAUAUGGCUCUCUGAUAAGGAAUGGACCUUUGUGAAGCAACAGUUUGACGCAAUCAGGGCUGCCCAAGCGCAAACCGCGCGUGCACAAGGCCGGGAACUAGUGACUGUCGCGGCGAUGAGGCAGCGCGCGGCACCGCAGGUGGUGGCGGAAGGCCAGCCGAGGCGGCCGACGCUGACGCGCGACCAUGGUGUCGCGGCGGGCGAGACGACACGACAGGAGGAGGUGGUGGGGACCUGGGCGGCUGACGGCGGGCCGCGGCGGUCGCUGGCCGAGGGCACAGGGGUGGCGCGGUCGCAGUGGUGCCGCGCCAAGGGGGACGCCACGGGCCGAGGCACCGGUUGGGCGGCGCGUCUCACCAAACGUGGCGGAGGAGGCUGCAGACGGCAAUGA